AUCACCAUGCUAAUCACCAGCAGCGACUGAACUUUAGCGUGUAGCUCACCACUCACAACUUUACUGAGUUACUAAAGUCAGGCAACAGCAGCUUCCCUUCAGACUACUAACAGAGGAAACAAGGAAGUGAACAGCUGGCGGACAUCCAGUUGUUUUCCGCCGGCCAAGGAAAGCGGUGCACAGAUGACCAUGGAGUCUCCUGCGUGAAGAAGCGUCUCUAGACCAGGGCAUGUUAUCUCUCAGAGGCAAACAUCCUCUGUCCUGACACAGGGAUUUUACAGCCAGGUUCUUGACUGUCUACAUCAACACACGUGGAGUCCACUCCCUCUGUUCUACCUCUUAGGACACUCUAUUUUUUUCUACCUCAGCACAUACUGCACACACACGGACGCACGUAGCUGUUAUCUGCCAGCUCCACACCACCAACAGACCCUUGACUUUAUCACCAGACUUUCAGGAGUCAGUCAUCUAGCGACGGUGUAACACAGCUGACUGGGUUUUUUCCUGUUUAGCUGCUUGAAGAGCCAGCCUAAGCAGCCAUGUUACACAGGAGUUUGUGAUGUCCGAGCCCCGUGACGGGGCAGGACCAGAAGCAGGGGAACGACAAGGGUUGGGUCAGAGAGACGUUCCUCGGUUUGUGGUUGGCUGUGAAGAUGAUGAGCAGGACAUGGGCCAAAUGGAGACAGGCAUGAAGAAUGAGAUGUUUCGAGAAGAAGAAAUGGAAGAUGAUGAAGAUGAGUCGCCACCAGAGCGACAGAUUGUGGUUGGCAUAUGUGCCAUGAUGAAGAAGUCAAAAUCCAAGCCCAUGACUGAGAUCCUGGAGCGCCUUUGUAAAUUUGACUACAUCAACGUGGUCAUUUUUCCUGAGGAGGUGAUCCUGGAGGAACCUGUGGAGAAAUGGCCCCUCUGCGACUGCCUCAUCUCCUUCCACUCCAAGGGUUUCCCUCUGGACAAAGCAGUAGAGUACGCCAAACUCAGGAAUCCACUGCUCAUCAAUGACCUCAACAUGCAGUAUUUCAUACAGGACAGGAGGGAAGUGUACCGGAUCCUACAGGAAGAGGGCAUUGACCUACCUCGUUAUGCUGUUUUAAACCGAGACCCCGACAAUCCCGAAGUGUGUAGUCUGCUGGAGGUGGAUGACCAUGUUGAAGUGAACGGGGAGGUGUUCCCUAAACCCUUUGUGGAGAAACCUGUGUGCGCCGAGGACCACAAUGUCUACAUCUAUUACCCAACAUCUGCUGGAGGGGGAAGCCAGAGACUCUUCAGAAAGAUUGGGAGUCGUAGCAGUGUGUACUCCCCAGAAAGCAAUGUACGAAAGACUGGAUCCUACAUCUAUGAGGAGUUCAUGCCCACAGAUGGUACUGAUGUGAAGGUUUACACAGUGGGUCCAGACUACGCGCAUGCAGAGGCCCGAAAAUCUCCUGCCCUGGACGGAAAGGUAGAGCGGGACAGUGAGGGGAAGGAGAUCCGCUACCCCGUCAUGCUGACCGCCAUGGAGAAACUGGUGGCCCGCAAGGUCUGCAUGGCCUUCAAGCAAACAGUGUGUGGGUUCGACCUGCUCCGAGCCAACGGCCACUCCUUCGUCUGUGAUGUUAACGGUUUCAGUUUCGUCAAAAACUCCAUGAAGUACUACGAUGACUGUGCCAAAGUCCUUGGGAACAUGGUGAUGAGGGAGUUAGCCCCCCAGUUCCACAUCCCCUGGUCGAUCCCAAUGGAAGCCGAAGACAUCCCCAUCGUCCCAACAACCUCUGGAACCAUGAUGGAGCUACGCUGUGUUAUUGCCAUCAUCCGCCAUGGAGACCGCACACCAAAGCAAAAGAUGAAAAUGGAGGUCCGACACCCUCUAUUCUUUGAGUUAUUUGAGAAGUACGGAGGCUACAAGUCCGGAAAGCUAAAGCUGAAGAAGCCAAAACAGCUGCAGGAAGUGCUAGAUAUCGCCCGCCUGCUGCUGGUUGAACUGGUCCAGCACAAUGACUGUGAGAUUGAGGAGAAGAAAUCUAAACUGGAGCAACUCAAGACUGUCCUGGAGAUGUACGGCCAUUUCUCAGGCAUCAACAGGAAAGUCCAGCUGACCUACCUGCGUAACGGCCAACCUAAAGCCUCAAGCGAAGAAGAAGACUCUAAGAAGGAUGGACCAUCUCUGCUGCUUGUGUUGAAGUGGGGCGGGGAGCUGACACCUGCAGGCCGGGUUCAGGCUGAGGAGCUGGGCAGGGCCUUCCGCUGCAUGUACCCUGGAGGUCAAGGUGACUAUGCUGGGUUUCCAGGCUGUGGCCUCCUGCGCCUGCACAGCACUUACCGCCACGACCUGAAAAUCUAUGCCUCAGAUGAAGGCCGGGUGCAGAUGACAGCUGCUGCUUUCGCAAAGGGUCUGCUGGCUUUAGAGGGGGAGCUGACUCCGAUCCUGGUUCAGAUGGUGAAGAGUGCCAACAUGAACGGACUGCUGGAUAGCGACAGCGACUCUCUGACUGACUGCCAGCAGAAGGUGAAGGCCAGGCUGCACGAAAUCAUGCAGAGGGACCAGGAGUAUACACUGGACGACUAUCAAAAGUUGGCCCCAACUGGCAGCCCAUCGCUGGUGAACUCAAUGAAGAUCAUACAGAAUCCAGUCAAAACCUGUGACAAGGUGUACACCCUCAUCCAGAGUCUUACCUCGCAGAUCCGCAAGAGACUGGAGGACCCCAAAUCUUCAGACCUGCAGCUUUACCACAGCGAGACGUUGGAGCUGAUGCUGCAGCGCUGGUCCAAACUGGAGAGAGACUUUCGCAUGAAGAACGGCCGCUAUGACAUCAGCAAGAUCCCGGACAUCUAUGACUGUAUCAAAUACGACUCAACGCACAACGCCUCGCUUGGACUUGAGGACACACUGGAGCUGUUCAGACUGUCCCGUGCUCUGGCUGACAUAGUUAUACCACAGGAGUAUGGCAUCACCAAAGCAGAGAAACUGGAUAUUGCUCAGGCUUACUGUGUUCCUCUAAUGAAGAAAAUCCAGCUGGACCUGCAGAGGACCCAUGAGGACGAGGCCGUUAACAAGCUGCACCCCCUGUAUUCUCGUGGCGUGAUGUCUCCUGGUCGUCACGUCCGCACACGUCUCUACUUCACCAGCGAGAGCCAUGUUCACUCCCUGCUCAGCGUUUUCCGCUACGGAGGACUGCUGGAUGAUGAGAAAGACCAGCAGUGGAAACAGGCAAUGGACUACUUAAGUGCUGUGACUGAACUAAACUACAUGACACAGAUAGUCAUUAUGCUGUAUGAAGACAACAAUAAGGACCCCUCCUCAGAGGAGCGUUUUCACGUUGAGCUUCACUUCAGUCCAGGAGUCAAAGGGUGUGACGAUGAGGAGAACGUACCUCUUGGCUUCGGCUUCCGCCCAGCCUCCUCAGAGAAUCAAGACAAAAAGCCCAAUCAGGGCAGUCUGGAGGACCUCUCCCAGGACCAGCCAGACCAGGCACUUCCUGUCUUUGAGCCAAUCAACAUCCAGCGAAGGUCCCCUAUGAUCCGCAACCGCAAGACUGGCUCCAUGGAGGUCCUCUCAGAGACCUCUCCCAGCCAGUCCUCCAAAGGCUGCACAUCCCACCGACUCUUCCCCUCCUGUUCGCGCCAGUCUCCUGAGAUCAAACCAACCAGUGGCCUAGGCUUGCACUGUUCUGGUCUCUUCAGUGCCUCCGCCCUUGGGGUGUCCUGUAGCGCCCCCAACCUGCGGGACUACGUCCGCACGCACCACCACCACCACCACCGAAAACCACCCCUGUCCCCCGGCAGUCUGCCGUGCCAGAUUGGCAUGUUUGAGCUGUUCUCUAUGCCGGCAGUAAAGAGAUUUUCUGUGUCGUUUGCCAGGCAUCCGACUAAUGGGUUCGAAGGCUGCUCCAUGGUGCCCUCUAUCUACCCAAUGGAGACACUGCACAACUCGCUCUCUCUGAAGCAGGUGGACGAGUUCCUCAACAAAGUGUGUGAGAGCAGCAGCGAGGCCCACGCCAAAACCAUGAAAGCCCUCUCCAGCCUGUUUGACUCUCAGAGUCAGACGUCUCUCUACAGCCCUCAGCAGCCUCUUUCCUCCUCUGGAUCUGAAACAUCUCUUCAGCCGCCAAGCCAGCCUCUGUGGCAUGGCAGUAUCCCCUCCAGUGCUGUUUCCAGUGCUGGCCCCUCCUCGCCAAUCACAGAAAGCUCUGGCCUGAACUUCAGCUUCAGUGAGUAGACUGUCUGUCUAAAAAACACAAGGACUUCUGGGUAUCUAAGGGCACAAGCUGAAGACCUUAAUCUCUCUUUGCUUUUCUCUGUCCUUCUGCUCACAUUCACACAAAAAAACACUGGAGGAGAUGCUGAUUCUGGAGAGAGGCCACUCUGCCUCAGGUAUUACAAAAACUCAGACUGUAAAUACAAGCACUUAAACUUGUACAUGGACUCUUCGGCACUGUACAUCUGAUCACCACACUUUCCCUGCCCCGUAAAAAGACAAAACACUGGAUCUUCACCAGUUCCAAAUCUCUCAUAACCUCGAUCCUCCUCUUCAGUUUGUCGACACAUUCAUAAACCAGCUCUGACUGAGUAACUGUGCAUCAAGCCAACAUUAAGACCAGUUUAUUUUUUCUUUAGUCUAUUUUAGAGUCUGCCUACGCUACAACAGCAACAGUGCUGGGGUUUUUUCUGCCCAGAUGCUGUCUCACACACAAGCUGCUUCAAUUCUGACCUUAAACAUGUACAGCUGUGCUGCAGCAAAGUGACUAGCCAAUCAGUGGCCACCCUGAAACAAAAACAGGCUGUUUUGGAAAUUCAAGUAAAAUUUAUUAAAAUUUGACCGCUUGAGUUUCUGAUGUGUUUCAGCCACACAUAUAGGCUGAAAGUUACAGCCUAAAGGAAUAGUUCAACAUUUUGGCAAAUACACUUAAUUGCUUUCUUAACGAGAGUCAAGAUACAAUGAUUCAGCAUAAAGCUUAGCAUGAAGAUCGGAAACGGGUAACAAUCUAGCCUGGUAGGUAACAAAACAGCAUCUCUAAUCAACACUACAUCUUGUUCGUUUAAUUCAUACAAAAACCAAGGUGUUAAAAUGAUUAGUGGUUUUACAGUGGGUUAUGUGCUGGACUAUUUCUUGGCUGGGUGCAGUAACUUACUGGGGCAUAUAGACAUGAGAUUGGUAUUAAUCGUCUCAUCCGACAGUUUGUAUGAAAGCAAAUCAGCACACUUCCCAAAAUGUCAAACUGGUCCUUUUAGACUAUGUACACAUGCUUUAACACUGCACGCCUGGUUUAUAAAAAUGACUUGAGGUUGCAGUCAUUAUUCUGAGACCAUUUUGAAACUGUUAACAAAGGGGCAUGUGUAGCCCAAGAAUACUGGGCUGUAAAAUACAAAGAUGAACAUCUGACACUUUUAUGAUUUCAGAGAUUGCAAACUAAUUAUUCUCAAUCUGGAGGGAUUUGGGUUAUCAUUUUAAAGUUAUACAUUUGGCACACGUUAACUUACUAUAUUAAAGUUGUGGUACUUUUUGUUCAGGGGAUUUUUAGUUCACUUCAUACAACCAAAAUAACAGGUUUCUUUUCUACAGGUAUUUUUUGUUUAAUGUAAAACACAAGCCAGUUUGAUCAAAUUGUAUUAGUCUUUUCAAUGAUAGUCUGCUGUUGAAUGGAAACAAUAUCUUGAUCUGUAAAUGUGCCUUUAAAUGACAUUUGAGAGAAACAUUUUAAGUAUUGCGGACACUGUGGCCUCCCUGCUGUAUUUUUAUUACUUUUUCAUUUUGGGGGGGGUUUACAAAUCAAAAUAGAUUUUGAAUCUUAAAUGUAGUUUUAUUUUAGACAUAAAGGGAAGAACCACUUGAUUAAGUAAAUAGUAUAAAUGUACUUUUACCUAAUGACGACUACCUGACAAGUUUUUUUCAGUUGUGUUUAGUUCUAUUUGUUUUUGUGUCUACAGUCUGCUGUCACACCAAAUUACAUGUGUAUUAAUUAAUUUUACAUUAAUCAAGUGACUGUUUCUAAUGAUGUAAUGAGUCAUACUCAGGUAGACAUAUCAUAAAUCUAUAGAUGGAGAGUGGUUUUAGCAGUAUGUGACUGAACUGGGGGUCAAUUCACUUUCAAUGAAAAUUAAUAAAUUCAGUGGUGAAUUUACUUCAAAAAAGUCCAAAGAAAUACCUUUACGGCUUUGACCAUACAUUUUUAUAGCUAAGUGCUGUGAUUAUGACCAUUAUGUUCAGGCAGUACUGUCUGCAACACCAAAGUGAAAAGGGGAGAAAUAAAACAGCUCCCUGCUCAUUUCACACUGGUGAAAUUUAAAAUGACCCCUAAAACCUUGGAAACACCUACUGUAGAACAAGUGUGUGUGUGUGUGUAUAUAUAUAUAUAUAUAUAUAUAUUUUUUUAGUCAUCAUGGAAAGCGUUUUAGAUUUGAAUAGGAAUAAUGUUUUUUUUUGUUGUGUUUUUUUUUUUUUUUUUUUUUUACCUAAAGGUGGGUUGAUGUGGGUAAUUUUAGUUUUGUAUUUAUGUGAUUGUUUAAUGUGCUAUUUAAUGUCAGCCAAAGAGGAAGGGUGUGUUUCUGUGAUGAGUUUGGCUGCUGGAGAAAAUGUGUAACAUUUCUGUCGAUCUCUUGAGGUUCAGGUCGAGCUGUAAUGUUGGAAAGAGGUGGAGGAGGUGAAGGAUAAUAAAAAAUAAAUCUAUAAA